CAUCUUUUUGCCUCAAAUCUUAUCCAACCUUUCAAAUUUAGAAACUAUCUAUUGCCCGAAUUGGCCUCGUAAUUUUCUUACCCCUUCCUUCACGUUAAAUCCAUCAUGUCGACACCUUCUACUACGAUAGUUCCCUUUGCGUCGCUGCCCUCAUGUGCGGUGAAUUGUGGCGCGCUCUACGAUGCCAACGGCGCCUGCGUGCCUCCUGUUAACACCGCAACCGAUGAAAGUAGCUGGGACUCGUGUUUCUGUGCUUAUGACACCCUUCAGCCCUUGAAAUCAGGAGCUAAUGACGUCUGCAAUGGUGCCUGUGCUGCCGAUGCGCAGGGAUUAUCAUCAAUUCAGAGCUGGUUCACAAGUCUUUGCAACAACCAAGUAGCUACUACAGGUACUACUUCAGCGACAAGUUCGAGCACCGCUGGUAGCGGCAAUUCCGGGAAAGGUAGCCAGGGCGGCGGUGGCAACUGGGCCUCAACUCAUGUCAACUGGAUAGUUUUUAUUGUUGUGGUUGUAGUAGCCAUUGUUGGCAUCUGGACCGGAGCUUGUAUCUGGCGUCGCAAGUACCUGAAGAAGAAAGAUCGAUUAUACGAGCUUGGAAAGGGCCUACCUAGCACCGUUGCUGUCAAUACUCAGGGAAAUCUUGUUGGCGCUCGGGAAAGCACAAUCUCAAAUGGGCCAGGCGUGUUCAUGUCUGGAUCUGGCGGUGCGGGCAGAAGGUCAUAACCCGCCAUCGUUGUGGCGUCAUCAUUCUAUUCUCCUUUCGAGAUGAAUAUCAACGGCGUUCUGGUCUGCUAGGUCGGCAAUCAAUGAGGUAUCAUGUCCGAACAUCAUCCUCUUGCCUUUUCGGAUGAAAUGGGUGUUUUCUUUUUGGAUAUCCAACAGUUGUCAACAAUGCGAAAUGCACAUUAUUGGCCCAAUGGAUUUCUUGGCUCUU